CUUGCUCACGGAUUGGUCAUGAGAGGCGAGCACCGGCGACCGACUCCGCACCUCGGCGCCUUAGCUCACGAUCGGAAUCGAUACAAAGACAAUCCACCAGAUUUCUACGCGCUGGGCGAGCAGUACCCAGAGUUCAAACAAUAUCUGCGCAAUGUAGACGAUGCCAGGUGCCGAGCGUCUCUCGCGUGGGACGAUCCUUUCGCCGUUAGGGAGCUGACCAAAACGUUGCUGCUGCAUGACUUUGGACUGCGUUGGGAUAUCCCAAUUAAUCGUCUCUGUCCACCGCUGCCGAACCGCUUGAAUUAUCUCCAUUGGAUCGAAGAUUUGCUCGCUCAAGCUAAUUGGAAUGGGAAACGUCAAACUCAUCAGAAAUCUACCGAAGUGGCUGUAUCUGGUAUUGACGUGGGGACAGGAGCAAACUGCAUCUAUGCGUUGCUCGGCGCGACGAUGAGCAAAUGGAAGUUUAUCGCAACGGAAAUCGACCCCGUUUCCUACGAAUGCGCGAAAGAAAAUAUAACAAGCAAUCAGCUGGAGACUCUGAUCUCUAUUAAGCAAACACACACGGACAAGUUGCUGCUUGAACCGUUGGAGGACGAGCCGCCGGAACGCAAAUUCGACUUUGUUAUGUGCAACCCUCCCUUCUUCGACAACAUGAAGGAGGCAGACACAAAUCCGGAGUCGAGCUGUAUGGGCAGCACUAACGAGAUGAUGUUCCCUGGAGGAGAGGUUGCCUUUAUUGGGAAUAUGAUCUCGGAGAGCGAGAUGUUGCAGAAUCGCAUACUCUGGUUUACCUCGAUGGUUGGUAAGAAGUCGAGUCUGCGCAAGCUUCUUGCUCUGCUUCGUGGGAAACAGGUGAAAAGUACUCGCACGACGGAGUUUUUCCAGGGACGAACCAAGCGAUGGGGAAUCGCAUGGACAUUCUCGACAGAUGUGAUGGAUGACCCUACUCCAAAAGUACUGGGUAAGCGCAAAGAAGCCCACCGAAGACAGGAACUUAGUUUCCAGGUGCCAGUGAAAACCCAAGAAGGUUUGUUCAAUGUCUUGUCGGUGCUUUUUAUUGCAUGAUGUGGGUAUCUGACACAAUCUCUGU